GCGGAGCCAGCACACGUCUCAAUCGAAAAUUGUUAUAAAAGCGACAUGAGUCAUACGUGAUGAUAACGACAAUAUAGUGCACGGUACAUCAUAGCGAGUCUGUUGAAUUUAAAAUUUAAUUUGUCUGAUGAGUCCAACCAACAAUUUGAUCGACGCGACGUUCAUUGUAUAAUAUUCAUUUUGAUUUUCAGAAACAUAAAAAAACGUUGCAGCUUUUACCGCAAAAUGAGUCUACCUGCACACCUGCAAAGUGAUGAUAACAGUGACCAAAAAUUAAAUUAAAUUUUACGAAUAAAUUAGAAUUAAAAAAUGUUGUCGAUUGAUUGAAAACAAAAAUAAAUAAAUUAUUUUGUGUGUGCGCGUCUGUGAUUUUAAAUGCUGAUGUGCUAAAGAAUUUAGAUAACGAAAAAAAUAAUAAUAAUAAGAAUGAGUACAACAAUGAAUAGUUCCUUAAUUGCACAAAUGAUGACGAAUGAUGCUGACGAUGAUGGGCCGAACAUUUCAAUGAAUGACUUAUAUCCAGCUCUGGUUCAGUGCUUUGGUAUCAUUAUUUGUGGGUACUUAGCUGGUCUACUUAAAAUCAUCACAAAUUCCGAAACUAAAGGACUAAAUACUUUCGUCGGUACAUUUGCUCUACCAUGUCUCAUUUUCCUAUCACUGGUCGAAUUGAAUUGGCAAAAAGUCAACUGGAAAUUCCUAGCUGCCAUGCUUGUUGCAAAGGCAAUUGUAUUCUUCGCCGUUUGCAUUAUAUCGUUGCUGGUGACCAGACCGUUAAAUUAUGGCCGAGCUGGGAUAUUAGCCACAUUCUGUACGCAAAGUAACGAUUUUGCGAUUGGAUAUCCGAUAGUGGUGGCACUGUAUCAAAAGGUGCAUCCGGAGUACGCUUCGUAUCUGUAUUUGAUGGCACCGAUAUCACUGGCUAUUCUGAAUCCUAUUGGCUAUGUUCUGAUGGAAAUUUCGAAUAUCAAGAAACAAAAUCCUAACCUUCUGACAGAUUCAACGGUAAUCCGAACAUCCAACAGACCCAGACCAUUGUCUUUUUAUCGUUUCAAUUUUACACAGGAACGUCGACCUUCGAUCGCAUGUCCACAAAUUGCUGACAACGCUAAUGGUGAAACAUCACUUAAGAAUAAGUCAAAGCUGAUCGUGAAAACGAUGCGAUCAAUCUUCUUCAAUCCAAUUUUACUGAUGACCGUGCUAGGAGUCAUUGGAGGUGUAGCCUUUCCACAUGGUCUCCCCGAAAUUGUAUCAGGAGUCCUGAGAGUGUUCGGAAAUUCUUUCUCCGCAACGGCAUUGUUUUUGCUGGGACUCCGUAUGGUUGGCAAAGCACGAGAAUUGCAGGGCCCGGGAUUUUUGACUCCUGGCAUUCUGAUCCUAGUAAAAUUGUUAGUCCUACCGAUAGUAAAUCGUCAAACUGUCAAUAUUAUGAGCGCGGGAGCUAAUGUGUCCGAUACAACCGAUCUGAGCACAUUCGGAUUUCUGUACGGAACAAUACCGGCAGCUCCAGGAGUGUUUGUCAUUGCGACACAGUACAAAACUGAUGUGGACCUGAUUGCUAGCAGCAUGGUAGCAUGUACCUUCAUCAGUGGCCCGUUAUUGUUCAUAUCAGCGAAGAUGAUAUCGCUGACCAACCUAAAUCCCGCUGACUAUCUCAACGAAUUGGAUCAUUUUGCAUUCGACAUCAGCAUCGUUGGCAUUGUGGCUUGUUUCUGGAUUAUGUUACUGUUCGGCAUAUCGAAACGAUUCAAACGCAUCCCACAUCGUAUCACAUGCUGUUUGGUUCUGUCACAGAUGAUGGGUUGCAUUGGCGUUAUAUUGUGGUCAACGCUGGGAAGUCAACCAGGUUGGCAAAUGUAUCUCCAGUUCACGCUAUUUACUAUCGGAAAUUAUAGUAGUCGUCUAUGGGCAGCCCUGUUGGCAAUAUCAUUGUUAUUCCUACAAUGUCGCAGCCUGUGCUUUGUUCUGAAAUUGUGGCCUCUAUUCAUUAGCGUUGCGUGGGGAGUGCCGACAGUGCUGGUGAUUACACUUCUGCUGCUCGACCAAACAAACAUAUCGGGAAAUGAAAAGCGAAAUCCAAAUUUUCAAUACGGGAAUGCUCAGGCGGCCAUUUCUAUUUUCCUGUUAGUGAUGUGCUUCAUUGUCACCAGUGGCUGCCUGGUCUUACAUCAACGAUACAAGAAACGGUUCGAGAAGUAUCUUACCUUGUCCAGAGAAGUUAGCAUCGACACCGAAUCCAGUACAGCCUUUUCCGAAUCCACAUCCAAUCUUGUCCGAUCCACCAGCCGCAGCAAUGACAACGACCUAAACUUUUCGAUAAACAAUCGGGUACGACAAUCAACGUCCAGCGACGAAGAUGAGUCAAAAUGUUCGAACAAUGAAGAUUGCUGCACGAGAAAAUCAACGGCAACGACAGUGGUUGACAUUGAAGAUUUAUUGGCCAACCAGAAAUGUAACGACCGAGCCGGCCCCAGUGGACUAUGCAAUUCUCAAUUCAACUGUGACGGUGCAUCACGAGAAAAUUGUCAGAGUUUGGUGAAGAAGUACCAAAGCGACACGAAUCGCGGCCUAGAACCGUUAGAACUUCCAGAGAAUGUCGACGAAUACCAGACGAUGAGGCACACAGUCCUGUUGAUUCUGCUGUUGUGCUCGAUGUUCGUCAGUUUGGCCCUAUCGAUUUGGACGCUGGUCAUGGAGGGUAUGUCCGGUAUAUAUGUGGAAUUGGCAUUUUUGGAAGCAUUCCUGAAUUUCGGCCAAAGUUUGAUUGUCUUGGCUUGCUUCAUAACGGAUUCGGGUGAACUGUUGAGUCCGCUGGCUAAGUACUGGCAUAAGAUCUGGUAUGGGGCCAAUAUUUUGUUGUUGCCGGAUUGGAAUAGCAUUUCGGCCGACACAAGGCUUGUGUGCGAUCAGUUCACCAAUUAUCAUUUGGACGCUUGCCGUAAGGCCAUUGCGGAGGACAAACGAUGGCGGAUCAAAAUUUAUAAGAAAGUUUUCUACGGAAAUCGGUUCGUUGACUGGUUAAUUGAAGUUGGACUGGCUAAAGAUCGGGUCGAAGCGGCCCAAUAUGCACGCCAUUUAAUCGAUGGACGUGUGCUGCGCCAUAUCAACAAUGUUUACCAUUUCCAUGAUAAGAAUUUACUGUACACCUUCUGUAAUAGGUUGUAAAUAAAAACGGCAAGCCAUCUGUUACCGACCACUAUCGCAACACAAAAAACUGGACGAUGUGCUCUAGCAAGUGCGUGCCCAUUUAAAGUAAAAUUCGUUUAAACAAGUGAAGUAACAGAUUCGGUAUGAAACACUCGGCGAUACUUAAGACAAACGAAGUAACAGAUUUUAGGUAUGUCAUCACCGCUUGCCGUUUAUAUCAAAAGGUUGAUUGUGCGGUAUGGUUGUUGAAAUGAAUCGGACUUAUCAGCCAUUGAGUGUGAAUCAUUUCAACGGGGCAUUAUGUUUACUUUCCAUUCGCAAUUUGCCUUCGAACACGAGAUUUUAGUUUUUGUGGCUGAGCCAAAUAGAAAGAUUUGUUUUUACUGAUCUUUGAGACGUUUUAGCUUUAUUUUAGUGAAAUGAUUUGUGUUACCGAAUUUAUAUCAUAAGAUGCUGUUGAGUAUGCACCAAAACUUAGGCUAAUUUUACAAUCGAAAGUGUUUGUUGCUGAGAAGGCAUUUCCUUGUUUCAAUCGUGAUCUACUGUUUAAGCCAAAAAAGAAAAUGUUAAUUUAUUUUUGAAUAAAUUCUAUUUUUUUAUGUAUAUAUUGUGAUUAUAUAUACAGCAGAGACUAAAAAA